GUGGAAUCAAUUUUGAAAUUGAUUAAAACUUCGAAUAGGCGUAUGGACGUAUUUCGUGGGAAAAGGGCAUAGUAGCCUGUCCAUAGCUCAAGGUCUAUAACUCGGUUUUUCAUGGCUAGGUUGAUUUUCAACCAGUUCCAGGAGGAUGGACUAAUCCACGAGGACUACUACAUUGAUUUUCUAAGAAGUUUGAGAAAUGCCUUCUCCCGGGGGGUCACAGUGAAUGGGAAACCGAGGAUUGACCCAGCACAUCCAGAGAGCAUUUUGGAUGUGCAAUGUUUUAGGGCGGGGGAUGAAGAAGCACGACUUCUUUUAAGGUUCAACACUGCAGAUCUAUUCCUGAUAGGCUUCAGGUCCGUGAACGAAGACAACUGGUGGGAGAUGCCUCAUUCUGGACUCAACAUACCAGGCUCUGAGAAGCUUCCCUUUGAUACGUCUUAUCUCCAGCUUCACAGGGUUUCAGGCACAAAGUUCGGUAACAUCACUAUCAAUCCAUUUGCGGUUGACGAUGCCAUCCUCACAUUGUCUUCAUAUCACAGUAACAGGAACACAAAAAGGGCAGCCAAAUCAAUACUAGUGUUCGUGAUUUUAUUUGCUGAAGCGGCUCGAUUUUCGCUCAUCUCGGACUUCAUUCACAGAAACCAUCUUACCGGAGCUGAUAUGGGUCUGAUACAGGAGUGGGCAUUCCCACUUGUACACAAGUGGGGAGACCUCAGCAACAUAUAUAUAGAGGCCUAUACGCAAGAGGUUGACGCGCUGCCUAGACUUGCUGCCCUCAGAGCACAGUCAGGACAUCAGCGGUCUAUCACACGUUUAGAUGAAGUGGACGCUGCGGUAGCUCUACUCAAGUGAUUGCUUGAAGAAAGUAACAUGAAACUAUUGUAGAAACUAUUGUGGAUUGGAGAUUUAGUUUCAGGGAAUUUUCAAAUCUAACAAACUGCAUAAGGCUACUAGAUAAUAGAAACUAUUGUGGAUUGGAGAUUUAGUUUCAGUCAAUUGCAGUUAAUUUCUAAUUUCAGUCAACAUGAAUAGCUGAUACAUUCUAACUGAUAGCACUCUUUGGAGAAGUGGUAGAAGGGGAAGGAAGCCAUAGGGUGCCCUCUUGUGCUUUGCCUAUGAGAAACUUCAAGUUGAUUUGAAGAGUUUUUGUUUACUAGUACAAUGUUUGGAACUUUUGUAGCUCUCAAUGAGAAAAUGAGUAAAAUAUUUUGGUAGUUAUAAGUACCAUAGAUUAUCCAACCCAUUCUGUACCACCAAAUGAAUUUGUACCACAGUUUGGAGUAGUAUUAUUCAUGGGGUAUUCUAAACUAGAAAAAAAAAUCAUAUACAGUGUCGUAUAGAGUGUCUUUGCAAAUCAAUAUCAGCAGAGAACAAUCAUUCUGUAAGCCACUUCAAUAUUUUGUAAAUUCAAACUUAUUUCUGAGCCACUUUAAUAAGAUGAUAACAGUUUUUUUUACCGUAUGAGUUUUAUGGAAUGAACUUAACUAAAGAUAAUUGAUGAAGCGGCUCAUCCAGUUCGACGCCACCUAACAAGGUUGCCUUUCUUUCUCCCCUUUCAUCUUCUUUUUUUGUUUCUCUUAGUUUUUUCUUUAUAUACUUCGUAUGUCUUUACCUUUACUCUUGCUGGCUUUUUUUGGUUAUAUGAUAGCCAAAAGUUGCCCCACAUUCUUUUUGCUAAAGCUUUAUAGUGUUAUUCACUGGAAAUGAAUACAAAGUGUUGCAUACUAUAUUAUAUUUUAAAUUAGUCAGUUGUAUAUUAUUACACUUAAUGCAUAUUACAGUUAAGUGCUAGUGUGCUACAUUCAGCCAUGCAGCCCUUUACCGCCUAGUAGGGUGUCUAGGUGACAAGGUGGUCGAUCUGCUGGCACAGCUGCGCUGCACCCUCCAUCCAACAUUGCAAACAUAUUUGACACGCCAUGAAAACCUCGUUUGGCCCGCACUUUGCUCUAUAGGCUUGCAUGCAGUGUUGUCGUUAAGCAUGUAGCAUAUGCAAACUAUCUACUAAACUUGAUCUGGAUAUGACAAUAUCUCUCCUGUUGACUACUUUUUCAUGUAUGUGAAGGCGGCUUCGUAUCAUUCUAAUAGUGUAACGGAGUUAUGAAGAUGAGUGUCUUGAGUUAGAUACAAUGGAUUGCACUGUUGCAGUAAAUGCUCCUUCGGGUGAAGAUACACUACACAGUUUGGAUCUAUUUCAGGUAGACUGCCAAUUUUUAUCUAUAUGCAGUAAAGUCUGUUUGUAUAUUGGUGACUGUCAUUUGGUUCAUGAUCGAGAUAGGAAAUUAUUGACCAGUUUUCAACUUAUUUGAUGGAUUGUUCAUUUGUGACGAAAAACAAAAUAUUUGUUCCAUUUUAGAGUAGAAUGCAUUGUGAAUCAAGACUUUAAGAUGCUAUAGCCCAUUCAUUCCUUUGGUGUUUAAUUUAUUUAUUUUAAUAAUUCAGCGAUUGCUUUGGACGAUGAAGCAUUAAGGCGCUCCCCAUGGUACAAUUGAAGUAUGUACAUCUUUUGUUUUAUUUUGUUUAGUGUCAGGUUAUUUUCGUGUUACAAAUAACAUGUUAUUCUGUGAUAUUACUGAAUGGUGAAUUGGUCCUCGAGUUAAAAUGUGCAUUUGAAUGUGAACCAUGAGUUGCGAAGUGAAGUGGAAUCUUCUCGUGUAAUAGAACCCCACCAGUUCCAUCUGGUCAUUAUUUCUGCAAUAAUGGUAGGCUCCCGAUCAUCGUUUGAACUGGAUUGCUGAUAAACACUUCUCUUCCAUACGUCCUAUAAUUUAUGUGUUCCAUCAUCUGUGCUAAUACUGAUUUUAAAAAAUGCUGAAAAUGUUGUGUGGAUUGCUUGCUAAUCUUGGUUGUUUAUGAUCUGAAUUCAAUACAUUGUCAUUAUGGUCCUGCAUAAUAUAUUCAAUUGUUGGAUGUCAUUUGAGCUUAAGGUGUUUGUGAUUUUCCUUUCAGAAAGCAAGGGAUUGGCUUAAUGAGGAAGGCUCUCCCAUUCCAGAAUUUGUUGGGGAAUGUUUCAUCAUGGAGCUGGCCAUUGGAAUUGAGAGGAAAUAAAGUCAUGACCUUGCUAUGGCGAAUAGUUUUCCGGAAAAUAUAGAUUCUCCUGCUCUUGCAAAUGCUCGCAUCUCCCCUGUUUCAAAGCAAAACCGUUUUGAUCUAGUGCAAAGCCAAUCUGAUUUAUUGAAAAGAGUCCUGGAUAAUUCAGAUUUUGUUGAUGUAUUCCAUGAGAAAAUCAAAUAGGUAUCCAUAACUUGUUUAACGUUAAUUGGACGGCAAACUGCCACAUUAAGUAGAAUUCAUGUUCUCAACUUAUUCGUUCUCUUUUUGUUUCUACAGGAUUGGUAUUUUCGUGAAAAGAGGGAAGAUAUUUCUGUAGGAGUACUAUUGGAAUAUAGUACGUAGUACUCCGUAUAUUUUAGAUAAAAAUUCCGGUAGUUCACAAUAAUUUGCACAACAAUGAUGUUGUUGUGAUUAAGAUAUUUUGAAUUAUGAUAAUUACAUUUGGGAAAUGUAUUGAUGUAGUAGUAGGCCUGGCCUCGGGCCGGUUCGGGCCCGGUUCGGGCCCGGUUCGGGCCUAGGCCCGGCCGGGCCU